AUGUCUUCCGUGCAGUCCGAGCAUAGAAAAACCUCGUUUGGAUACAACUUGCUUGCCGGUGGUUUGGCUGGUUGUGUGGCCAAGACUGUGAUCGCACCAUUUGAUCGGGCCAAAAUCAAUUUUCAAUCCACAGAAAAACGAUUUACCGUUCGAGCAUUGUUUCGCUUUCUUCGUGCGUCGUAUCAACAAAGUGGAUUUAUUAGCCUGUGGCGUGGUAACACGGCCACAUUGACUCGGAUAUUCCCUUACGCGGCCAUUCAGUACUCUGCACACGAACGCUACAAACAUGCUUUUGGCAUCGAUCGCCCGGAUCUGUCACAUUUGUGA